AGGCCUGACGAAUCAAAAUGGCGUCGUCGUCGUUUUUGAAAUGUGUAGGUCACUGUUAAGUUUUGCUUAUUAGUUUUAUAAUGUCUGGAUUUACAGAAGCCGCAUUAGAACGGAAGUUGUCAGAGUUAAAUAAUUCCCAGCAGAGCAUUCAGACGUUAUCGCUUUGGUUAAUCCAUCAUCGAAAACAUCACAGAACCAUCGUCAAUGUGUGGCUCAAAGAACUGAAAAAGGCGAAGCCACCAAGGAAACUGACGUUCAUGUACUUAGCCAAUGAUGUAAUUCAGAACAGCAAAAAAAAGGGUCCAGAGUUCACCAAAGAAUUUGCAACUGUACUCUCAAAAGCUUUUGCUCACAUCUCUGUGCGUGACACCGACCAGAAAACGCAUGCAGGUUUGAGACGCAUUUUGUCGGUCUGGAAGGAGCGCAGUGUCUUUGAUGAUCACCAGAUCAGUGACUUUGGUCAGUAUCUGAGUGAGCCCAAGGAGCCUUUAAAGACAUCUGUCAAAACACCUACAAAGGGUUCUGUAAUCUCAGAUGCUGAACCAGUACAAAAAAAGAGGAAAAAGGAAGAACCGGAUGCUUCCCCCAUUGUUAGAGAAGAAAAAUCUGGGGAACCUCCUGAUCCAACAGUUCUUAUCAAAGCUCUGACUGACUUGGAGAACACUGCAUCUUCGGACGCUGCUGUUAGAGAGAAGAUUGCCAGCCUUCCUCCCGAAGUUUCUGAUGCUUCCUUGCUGGACAAGAUUCAAGACCGGGAAUCGGCAGAUAGGUUGUCAAGACAAGUGGAAGAGGCGUGCUCUCUGCUGGCGGAGUACAACAGUCGUUUAUCGCAAGAGUUGGAGGACCGUAAGCAGGUGUCCCAGAUGCUGCAUAACUACACUUUUCACCAACGGGAACUUAUGGCCCUCGCUGAACAAAAGCUUGAGGAACAUCGCGACAAGUUGUGCAAAGUGACACAAGUUCGCAACGAACUCAAGUCUCACUUGCAGAACCUUCCUGACCUGACAUUACUUCCCAGCGUGACAGGCGGCUUGGCUCCUCUCCCAUCAGCUGGUGAUCUUUUCAGCCACCAGUAACGAAGACAUUGUUUGCGCACCAUUGAAAACAAGAACAAUGCUUUCACUCUACACUUCCCUUCGUAUUAAGUACGCCAUCAGGGGGGGGAGUACGCAGUAAGGGCACAAAGAAAGUGGUACGUUAUGUUAUAUGCGAUUCAACCAAUUAUCUUUGAAAGAAAACAUGUUCAUAGGCGUGAUUUUGUGCGCAAAGCGUUGGUAGUUGUGAUUCAGAGUGAGUAUGCAAGUUUCUGCUGCUUUCUUACAAGUAGCAUCUCUAUGAGCACCAAAACUAACUUAUGAAAACUGUGAACUGCAAUGAGUUCUGGAUUAAAUACACAACCUUUGCAGAUUGA